AAGAAAAAGAUAAACAUUUCCAGGCACCAUGAGCCCCUUUACACAGUUAAUCCUCAUUAUCCCAUAGGAAGCUACUAUUAGGAUUUCUAUCACCACAGUUUAGCUUUGCCUAGCUUUGAAUUUCAUAUAUUUCAUAUUAACAUGAGGUUCAGGGGCGCCCAGGUGGCUUAGUCCAUUAAACGGCUGACUCUUGAUUUGGGCUCAGGUCAUGAUCUCUCUGUUGUGAGAUGAAGCCUUCUGUCAGGCUCACUGCUCAGCAUUGGUGGAGCCUACUUGAGAUUCUCUCACUCCCUCUCCCUCUCCCCUGCUUGCACACACAAUCUGUCUCUCUUGAAAAACAAAACAAAAACAAAAAACAAAAACCUGAGAGUCGUUCUAGCUGUUGAGAGGAUCAAUAGUUUGUUUUUUCUUAUUGCUGAGGGUAUUCCAUUGUAUAGAUACAUCAUAAUUUGUUUACCCAUUCUCUUAUUGAUGGGCAUUUGGAUUAUUUCCAGUUUGGGUUAUUUUGAAUAAAGUGUCUAUAAAAUUUAUAUACAAAAAAAAAAAAAAGAAGACAAUAGGUUCAAAAUUACCUCCCAAACUCAGAAUUUAUGGGCCCAUGGUACACACCCUAAGUAAAUGAGUUUGGUCUUCAUUAAUUGUUCAUUCGUUAAAUAAAUUGUAAGUUAACUGAUUAUGUAGGGUAAUGUUUUUCCACAUUUCUGUGAUAAGAAUCAUUUGGAGAGCUGGAGAUUAAUUCCACUAAUUACAACAGGGCCUAGUAUGGGACAGUAACUUGAAAAUUUUUAUAUUUGCAAAUAUCCCAAGAUGAUUAUCAUGAUCAAGGAAAUGUGGGAAAACUGGCUUGUAACCUGCUUUUCAGUCUUUUGAUUUUAAGUCUUGAACUACUAUUCCCUGAAUGACCAAAGGAAAAGUCUUGUCCAGUCCACUUUUAGGAAAGCAAAGUAAGUUUUCUAAACAUUUGGUUUGAUAAACUCUCCUCUUCAGAAGCAUCCCAAAUACUUUAUUCCAGUUGUUUCCUAAAAGACACUAUUUCUCAUUUCCAUUUUUAACCCAGCUCUUCUCGAUCACGUUUUCCUUGGAGGCUCACCCCUUGAGUUGAGAUAGCAAUCCAAUCAAAUCAUUGUUAAAAAUUAGUUUCUUAUUACAGGAUUGUCACCUUAAGUACCUUUGCUUGCUUCUGUCUUGCUCCCUUAUAUCCAAAAACUUAACAAGUUAGGGUGCUUUGUAUGGACUUAACAUUUUGGCCUUUCCACCUUAAAUCUCAUAUUAACAACCCCAUGUAUGUCAGCCUGAAUUUCAGUUUUUUUUUUUUUUCUUAAUGAGUUCAAUUCCCCUUUGGCAUCCUGGUCCAGAUAAUGCCUACUUCUUCUAUGGUCAUUAUCUUAGAAACAUUGCUGAUGAUGUAGAAAAUGGUAAAAAUCAUGGAGGAUGUCACACCCUCCCUCCUAAGUUUACCAUUGACCUUCAGCCAGAGUUUAGGUUGUGAGGGUCAGAGAUUUUCUCUUUGGGCACAAUCGUGCAGAUGGCGCUGAAGAGCAUGAAGCUCUUGGCAAGAAUCAGGGAAGCCUCUUCUUGCACACGUCCUGCAUAUCGCUGAUGGUCAUAUUCACGCACAGGGCACACAGCUGGCCAUGCGGUCUAUGGCUGCGGCCUCUGGGAAGACGCAGCCACUUUCGUCCCUCACCACACUCACCCAGCUUGAGUUUAAGGUGCAGGUUGUGGACGUAGUUGGGGAAGAGGAUGACCGAGCCCUCACGCGUGUAGGUGGUGGACAGCUUCAGGAAGAGCACCUGUCCUGCACUGAACUGCUCUUUGCAGCUCCAAGGUGUGGUCCGCAUAGUUCCCGCCCACAAACACGGUAUUCUUCUCCAACUCCUGUAAGCCGGACAGCUGCCCACCGGCUGCCAGGGCUCUUGGCGGUUGCCCAUGGAAUCAGACGGAUUUUGCAGGGCCGGUCACCUGACGCCUACGGCUACCGGGAGAGGACGAACUACCUAGGCGUCUUGCUUGGCGUUCUGCCGGCUGGCACCGCCCCGGCGCUCAGCCUUCUGGGAGCCACUCUCCGGCGAUGUCAGCACUUGGGCCUGGUCCGUGGAGAGGUGGAGGUUCUAGAAUAUCUCCGUUUGUUCUCAGAUGCUCCUCAUUGGCUGAAUUCAAUAAGAAGCCAGGGGGAGGGGAGCUUGUUAAAUGCAGCCCAUCCCUUGAUAGAAUCCAGCCAGUCUCUUGGGCCGUGGAGCAGGUGGAGAAUGGAUCUGAAGGGUCAAGUGGAACAUACCCAGCUGACUCGGCUUCCUGGAGGUUCUCUUCUUCUCUCUGGAUCACCUAAGUUGUCUUCAUCAAGCUGUUUCAUCUUAAUUAAAAUUGCCUAUCACCUACACCAAUCUGUUCCCUAGCAGCUUUGUUGGAAAUGGAUUUGAAGGGAAUAUAAAACCAAUGUAUCAUAGUGUGUUAUAUUAUUUGUUAUACCUCACAUCUAACCAGUCAUCAAGUUCUAGCAGUUUUAUUUCCUAAAUCUCUUUCAAAUCUUUUAACUUCAUUGUUAUCAAAUUGCUCUAUUUCAGUCUACCAUCAUGUCUCAUUGAGAUUGUUGCCCUACUUUUUGGCUCUGGUACUUCUGUAUGGGAACAAUAAUCAGAUAUUAUCCAUCAGGAAUAAGAGGUAUCUGGGGGGCUUGUCUUAAAGCUGCACUUUCUUAAAUUUUUAUUUACAUUUUAAAUUAGAGAUCUAAAUAUAGAGAUGUUUUCCAGAGAGGUAUUUACUAAAAAUUUACUAGGAAAGUAUCAAUUGUCUACAUAAAAGGUUAUUAUUAGUAGUAUUUGUAACAAUGGUAAUAACAGGUAAUAGUUGUAAAAUCUAGAUAACAACUGGAUAAUAGUUGAAGUAGCUUUAUUUAAAGUGAAUAGUGGGAACAAAGGGUUGAUGGAAAUCAGCUACUCCUUGGUGUCACCAUGGAUGAUUUUCCUUCCAAACUGCCAUGAAUGUCCACACCCACCUCAUCAUUCACUCCUUAUUUCUCAGUUCUGGCCCUUUGGAGGGCUUAGAGGGGAUGGGAGUCAUGCCAUUUUGCCUGGAAGACCCCUCCCGCCCCCCCCCCACACAAAUGUGAAAGUAGAUCGUCAUCACACUAGUCUUAUUACGAGAUGUAAUGACCUGGGGUGCUCUGUGAAUUUUUUAAUGAGUUUUAUAAUAUAUUUUGAAUAGCACUAUUUUAUGCAGUUGAUCUUUUUAUAAGUGUGUGAAAGUGUUGAUAUUUUUAAUGGAAAUAUUUAUUUACUUAAUUGAAGCAUAGUUGACACACAAUGUUACAUUAGUUUCAGAUGUACAACAUAGUGACUUGACAACUCUAUGCAUUAUGCUGUACUUACCACAAGUGCAUCUACCAUCUGUCAUCAUGCAAAGCUAUUAUAAUACCACUGACUGUAUCUCUUGUUGUACCUUUUAUCCCCAUGAUUUAGGAUUAUUCCAUAACUGGAAACCUGUAUCUUCCACUCCUCUUCACCUGCUUUGUCCAUCUCCCUGUCUCCUUUCCUUCUGGCAACUAUCAGUUUGUUCUCGGUAUUUAUGGGUUUCUGCUUUUUGUUUGUUUAUUCACUUGUUUUGUCUUUUAGAUUCCACGUAUAAGUGGAACCAUAUGGUAUUUAUAUAUCUCUUAUGACUUAUUUCACUUAGCAUAAUAUCAUGUAGGUCCAUCCAUGUUGUUGCUAAUGGCAAGAUCUCAUCUGUUUUUCAUCUUGUGUGUGUGUGUGUGUACCCCAUAUCUUUAAUGGAAAUAUUUAAAAGCAUGCCCCAUCUUUUCUAAAAAUGUUUGGUAUUUAAAAAAUAUUCUCUUAUAUGCUAUUAGCAGGAGAUGUGCCUUAUUAGAAAUGGCUGCAUUAAAUGUUAGAGGUAUUUCUCUGUAGAAUUUAUUGCGUGACACAGUGGUGAUGGUUCUGAUCUUUUCAUAUCUCUGAAAUCAUGAUGGGCCUCCCAUCUCAAUUUUCCUCCAUCAGUGUAUCCUAUAAUUUUUAGUCAACUCUUCCAGGCUGUUUUAGCUGUAGUGCCCCCUAAAGCAGAGCUUCACGUGAGAGCUUGUAUAUAGGCAGUUUAUUUUGGAACGUGAUCCCAAGAAACAGACCUAAGGAUUAGAAAGAGUAAAACAGGGGAAGAGAGAAAGUCUUUCCAAGCAUGCUUCACUGAUCUAAUCACCUCUGUGGGCAACUGGAACUAAGUCCUCCUGGAGACCUUUGAGGAACUGUGUCAUAUCAACCUUAAACCUAUUCAGCUGAGACAUGACAGAGGGGAGUGUCAGGGAGUGUUCAUCUACCAGUUUCCUUCUUUCCUCAUUGGUCAAGGAUUGACCUUGUAGUGUUAGUGCCUUCAUACCUCAGGUUUGUGCAUGUGUCAGAUGGCUUAGUGGGUGGCAGCAGUAAUGCCCCAGGGACAGAAAUGAAGGAUACAAGAGGUAGCUGGAUCAUUGGCUGUCAGGUUACAAAUACUUGCAGCUGAUUGUAUAGAAAUGACUGGAGUAAAAAGAUGGGUUGUAAGAAUGUAAGAUGAGGCCUCUUCGGUAUCCAUGACACAGGCCUUAGCCAUGAUCAUGAUCUUCAUAACAUCAAAGAAGUAAACAGAUUGACUGUUACCAUUCACACUUGGAAAGUACUUACUUUACUGUAACUUGUUGAUGGUCCUUAAAGAGAAAAAUAUUAACAUCAUCGUUUGUCUACAGUAAUGGAUUUGUGAAUUUAUGUAAAUUUAUAAUUUAAUAGGAAAUGUUUGUCAGUAAUCAAAGAUAUAGUAAUCUGGCAUUGUUUGGAGUUUUAGUAAGGGAAGAAUGCAGUAUAAGGAACCUCCCCAAACAGAAAAAAAAAUAGAAGUAGAAUUCCACUCUCGGUUAGCUUGCAGUAGACCAAAAGAGACAAUUACUCUGUUGUCAUGGGACAACAUUGACUAAACUAAGAGGUCAUAUUUUUUCCAUAAAAUUAUCAAAGAGUUUUGGAAGCAGAAAUGUAUAAAUGUGAUAAAAUACAGAGAAGACUGGCCCCUUCUUAAGUGAGCAGAGAGUGGGAGCUACUUUCACCCUUAGCAUAUUUAUUGCAUCUGGGUACCCAGGCAGUCUGAAGAAUAUGCUUGACAUAGGUAGAGAAGCUUUGCUGGGAGAAGAAAAAUCUGUUCAGACUUUUAUUAGGUGCACAUGGGCUGGCAUGUGGCUUAGAAUCUGGAAGAGUCCCAGGCUUAGGGAUCCCCAGACUCAGGAAUUCCUGAGUCCCUACAAAAUGGUGAUAUGAUUAUGUUUUUUUUUCUCUGCUUAAAGUAAUUCAACUCAAACUCCCAACACUUAGAUUAUAAUGUCCUUUUAUAUUUGACCCCUUCUUACUUCUCCAUGUUUACACUCACAUUUCUUACCCCAACUAUAAUGAACUGCAACUAGAUGAGACAUGUCCUAUGAUACAUAUCCUGUGGAGUGCACAGCUCAAGAGAAGAGAAGCCCAUGUGGGCUAUAAUGUCGGAGAUUCUCCCCAGAGAUGCAAUAUGGAAGCCCUGACUUUAGAUUUAUAAACAUGUCUCUUUGCUCUCUCUGGUAUGGUGUCAGUGACUUCUCUCCAUCUGGAGCUUAUUACCCUUCUUUGGCCAAUUCUUAUUCAUAUUUUAGAGCAAUGUAUAAAUCCCUUCUUCAGGGGUAUUUUUAACGCUUUAAAUCAGGAUUAAAUAUUUAUUUAUGUGUUUCUACAUACCCUGAAUGCCCCCAUCAUAGUCCUUAGACUAUUGUUUAUAUAAAUGUUUGCCCUUCUGUUUUCCACCAACCCCUGAGCUCUGUAAAUAUAGAAUAGAUAUCUUUCUAAUCACUGUUGUAGGUGAAGAACUUAGCAUUGUACCUAACAAAUCUUAGGAGAUCAGUGAAUACUUCCUAAAUAAAUGUAUGAAUGAAUCUUGUGAUCACAUUUGGUACACUGAAGUUCAUAGAUGAAAAAUAGAAUAAAUUACAAAGACAUGCUGUACAAGUUUUCCCAAAUAAUCACAUUUUAAAUUAAUAUGAAAUAAUAUAGAUCAUAGACAAUUGGAGCUCAGUGUUUGGAAAUCUAUGAAGACAACAUUAGAUUCUACAGAGGGGACUCCCCCCGCCUCCAUGUUCUAAGGUUAAUGCAUUAUUAAGCUUAUACUCGACAGAAAUAGUUCUAGAGCUUACAUUUUCUGGUUCUUGGUUUAAUGGUUUUGAACUGUGAUUUGUAUCAGCUUGUGCAGUUUAUAGUUCCAAGGAUGAAGUAGGGCCCACGGUGACUUGUUGCCUUUUUUUUUUUUUGACCUGGAGGCAGAAGAGCAAAUAUGGAAGAGAAAAUGAGGAUAGCAAUUUUAUUCUUUUCGUUCUCAUAUUAGGGAAAAAUUGCUUUAAUACUGUUUUGUAUUUGAAUUUUCUGGAGUGUCUCUAGCUAAGGGAAUAAAAAAAGAUGGUUUUCCAAAGUUAAGAAGGUUUCAAAACACCCUAUUAACCGCUAAAAUAGUUUUUUUUUUGUUGUUACCAAAGGUUUAGCACUAGCCUUUGCUCCCACACUAUUUCUUCUUCCUCUUCCAGACAUUUUCCCUCCUUCCUCUCCCUCCUUCCUUCCCUCUUCCUUCCUUCCUUCCUUCCUUCCUUCCUUCCUUCCUUCCUUCCUUCCUUCCUUCCUUCCUUCCUCAUUUUCUUUAUAGUUAGGGUUACCUGUUUUAAGUAACACUAAAUUGGAUCCAUGGGUCAUUUUCUAGUUUUUAAGUUGUUACUAUAGUUUUUGUUAAAGACUUUGUUCUUUGGACUCUUGUUAUCCUAAGAAGCUGCUAGUAGUGUGUCUUCUACUAAUGUAGAAGAAUGUAGAGAAUGUAGAGAAUGUAACCUAAUGUAAAAUUUCCCAUAUUGUUUAAAUCUGUUUUCUAAAAGUUUUGGUUUGUAUCUCUCUCAAAAAGAAACGUUUGAGCAAAUAUUCAUCUUGUAAUACAAAUACAUUUAAAAGUUAAUAACAUGUACCUUGUAAAUCUAAAUAUCAAAUAUUAAUAAAGCUUGAUUACUGACUUUUAGAUAAAUAUUAGAAGUUUUAAUAUAUUCUUCACAUACCUCAUGGCCUCUCUUGCAUAUCUUCUGGGGUGUGUGCCUCACACUGGAUUUAGAAGCUGGUGUACUUUCACUUACAGUUUAGUUGUUGAUUUUUCCUCCUGAUAAUACUGUGUGUAGAAUGAUGAGGAGAAUUCCUAUGUAACACCCUUUUCUACUUUAUUGCCUAUUAAAACACUUGAUAUAACUUGGUACAUCAGAUGAUUCUAGCAUUGAGGUGAAAUUACAUAGAGGGUUUGAGUAAAAAUCUCACCAUUCUGAGUUGCUUCAAAAUAAACUCAAGAUUUUUCUUAAAUAUCCAUGAAACAAUUAGAAAUGGCAGAACUUUUUAAAUGUUCAUAACAAUAUUUUAGAACCUCUGCUUCUAUUAAUACCAUUAGGGAGCUGUGGCAAUGUAUAGCUUUCCUUGAUAGACACAUUUUUCUCGCUGGGAGAGCUGGAAAUAUUCCAGCAUAAUGAUUUUCAUAUCUGUAGCGUCCACCACUCAAGAAUUAAAAAGAGAGAGAGACAGAGAGAGAGAGAGAGAGAGAGAGAGAGAGAGAGAGAGAGAUAAAAGGAUAAUUAUUACAACAUGUGUUUCAGAUUUUAAAGACAAUUAGCUGGAGACCUCAGGCUCACAUUCAGCACACACAAUUUUAAAAUAUGCUUCAUAUUGGGUAAGCAUUCUAUACUUUAUGAAGAACAUGAAUAUUCAUUGUUUCAUUUGAUGUUUACACCAAUCCUGUGAAGUAGCCAGGAAUCAUUAUCUCAAUUUUUCACUUGAAAGAAUUGAUAAAGAGGAGAUAAAUGACUUAAGGUUCAUCCAGCAGAUCUAGGUGGAACAUACCCUCUAAUGCUCUGAGUUUUCCUUUUUUACAAAAUUUAUUUUUUUGCUUGGUAGCCUUUUAAUUUGUGUGAUUUAUAUGCCUAUUUAUGUAAAUAAGAUUUUCAUAAUGUUAGUUAUAAUCAUGAAAAAAUUCUUAGCAUACAAACUACUCUGUAUACAGGUGGAAUAAAUAUUAUCUGUAAGUCUGGGGCUGAGCUGAUUCUCCACUAUGAGGACCAAAGAGUUAAAAGGAAACUUACUAUUGUUUCUCUGAGUUCUGACUAUAGUUACACCAUUUUGCAUAUCCACCUCUUAAAACUCACUUAGGGUGAAAGCCCCAUGAAGCUUUGCUCAAUAUUCCUUCUGUAUUUUAAUAACAAUAGAAUGUAAAUUUAAAACUAACAAUUGGUUAAAAUUUCUUCAAUGGAAUGAUGACAUUAUAAUAUGUAACAAAUAAUAUUAAAGUGUGAAGUUGAAUAGAAAAGUUUUAUAUCACCAAAAACUCAAGAUGGUAUUCUGGUUGGUACUCUAAUUUGCCUGCCUUUGCAAAAGUAGAAACUUCUCCAUAAUAAAAUUCUUCAUUCAUGGUCUACCUCAAACACAGUUGCAAGUGCAUUUGAAGUCUAGAAAAAUUAUUUACUAACAUGCAUUUAGAAUUGGUUAAAUCCUUAAGGAUUUAUUGUAUUCUAUGUCAUCAUCCAGAAUAUGUAUUCAUUUAUAUGUGUUUUCCUUUAUUAGGUAGAUCAGAUAAUUUAGUUUCUUCAGUACUUACUAUGAGAAUUGCAAUAAUAUUGAAUCUUUUUUUUCAAGGAUGCAUAAAAUAUGCCUGUCAAUUCUUUUAGUGAAUUUUAUUUAUUAGCUUGUGAUAGUGAUUAGAAUAUACAGUAAGUGCUGGUCCAAUUCAUAGUUAUGAGAAUAAUGUUAAAGGGAGAGUCUUCUGGUAGAGUGAUGGGGGAAAAAGCUAAAUUUCAGUAGAACCGUGAAGUGUUGUCAGCAUUUUAAGUCAAAAUUUGAUGAGUACCAGCUUCAGGAGAAAGUAUGAAAAUGAGAAAGAGCAGGUGAAUUGGAGAUAAUGAGUAGUGUCUUUUUCUCUUCUAAAUAAUAUUUUAAACCUCUUAAAAUAGGCCUAUCCAAUUUAGGUUUUUAGCCACACUUUCACAGAGUUUCUUUGUGUUACCUUUACUAACUGUUCAUUAUGUAAACUAUUAAUCCUCAAGGGAGGAAAAUGUGAACUGUCCCUAUGAUUAGGGGCAAUUGUGGGACUACUACAAAGCCCCACAAGUCUGUGUUCUGUGUGCACCUGGGAACUGAAAGAAAAUGUCAGGUUUUAAAAAUGUUAUUUAUUUAUUUUGAGGGAGAGACAGAGACAGAGACAGAAUCCCAAGCAAGCUCCACGGUCAGUGCAGAGUUUAUCACAGGGCUUGAUCCCAAAACCCCGGGAUCGUGAACUGAGC